AUGUCUCUGAGUGCAGAACCAUUGAGCUUGCACAGCAAUGCUUCGCAAACGCAUUUAGGCCAUUAUUCCGAUCCAGAGCAGCAACAGCCCCACUUCUCUUCGCAGGGCUUCCAACACCACCACCAAUCAUCGCAUUCGUCGAACUCUUACCCGCCUCUACAUGGAUCUGCGGCCGAAUUCGGAGGGUCAGCGGACCAUCUGCCGCUUGCCCAUUCUCAAACAUCCUCACCGAUUGUAGUGCCCUCUCAGACGGCGCCGCUGCCCGUGUAUCCCUCUCGGCCGUCUUCGAGUAGUAGCGGCGCGGGGGUCGGAGGGCCUGGUGCCAUUGGCGGAAUUCAAAUUAUGCAUACUGAUGAUGCGAGCUCCAAGGAGACGCAAUUCCUUCGGAGACGGUGUCAUAAUUGUCAUACGACGGAGCCGCCAAGUUGGCGGAGGAGUACAUUGAAUGAGGGCAAGAUCGUUUGUAACAAGUGCGGGCUUUAUGAACGCACACACAUGCGGCCUCGGCCACCUCGUUUCGAUGAAGUACGC